AUGCUCAGCCUUUGGCUGGGGGAACCUGGGAUACGGGUGGCCGCUCAUUGUGUGCCAAGCUGUCCCAAGGUCACGCCAGGAGCCUGCUCGCAUGUCCCGACUCCAGAGGGUCCUCCAGGAACCGGGAGCGGCCCCUGGUUGUGGUGCAACCAGAAGGGAGUGCAACAGCGGCUCACAGGGGAUGUGAUCCACAGCUCUAAUCCAGGCUGGUGGGGCUGGAGAUGCUACCGGCACUGGAGAGAGGCAUUGCUGCAGAGGAAGCCCUUCUGUGCAGCCCUUAUCAGCUCCAUGAGCUCCUGGCCCCAUGGCUGCAGUGGUCUGGGAGGUCCCCACGUGGUCUGCUCUAGGGCCAUGAUGGGACCCACUGCUUCCGCUGAGACUGCCCCCAGCACCAGCAGGGGGGACAUCAGCAGCCAUGUCAGCAAGAAGGGCAACCACGCCAGCGACUCCAUGAGAGGACCCCGGGGUGGGGUGCUCCAGCUGGGAUCACAGAGCCACGAGCUGAUGGACUGGGCAGACGAAGGCCACUAG